GGAUUGAAAAACAAAACAGGCAACGGCAAGUGAUCGCCGUGUGCGAAUUUAAUUUUGAUUUCGAAGUGUUUUACCACAGAAACCGGAUAACCGGGUGUUAAGUGGAGAUAGAUAGAGUUCUCGAGAUGAAUUUGGCACGAAAUUUGGCCUCGUGCCUUCUGCCUAGAGCCGCAGGGCUCUUGGCGAACGUUGGACUUCGUCCUCAGUUACGAGCCGUGCACCUCCUGGCGCAGAUCAGACUGCCGGUAGGCGAGAAGAUCCUUCUGAAGGCUCCAUGUGCGACCCUUCUGGCAGUGCCGAACUGCGGCAUGAAGGUUAAGGGCCUGCUGAAGAGGCGCUGCAAAGACUGCUAUUUCGUGUACCGCGACAGCCGCAAGUACGUCAUGUGCAAGGCGCACCCGAGACACAAGCAGGCCGCAUUUGCGCCUAGGGAGAAGUAUACGUGGAUUUUGUCACCAGGACCCAUGCAAAGCAAGCAGAGGCCGUGGUAGAAAAUAA